GACAUCCGAGCAAAAAAGUAUCGUAUAUUACUCACUUCACCUGAAAUGCUGCACAAAAACUCGGCUUUCCAUGAAGAUCUUAAUGCGAUCAUGCCAUCGAUUGACAAGCUCGUCAUUGAUGAGGCACACUGCAUUGAUCAGUGGGGUGCUGAUUUUCGACCGGACUAUGCGAUUCUUGGCGAUCUUCGUUCAUUUUUCCCUAAAUCCUGGCAUAGAGUGAGAUUGUAA